CUUCAAUUCUCCUCCAACAACUUUCAAGGUCAUUCAUUCUCUAUAGACGAUGGCAUCAGUCAACCUCAACCCUGUCAAUCCAGAUUACCCACUAGUUCGAGAUAUAUACACUGUCAUCCCAGCUCCACCCACAAGGAUCCCUGUCCUGAAAGGGGGCCUUCUAGCUACCCAUGUCCUCAGAUCAGCUUGGAAUGUUAACAGAAGCACCCCAUCAUUCCCAAACCACCCGCACCUGUUCACCAUUCCAGGCCACUCCCUUUUCAAGGCCCAGGAAUUUGCAAAAGCAAUGAUGGCACCAAUCAUGUGGAACAUCCAGAAAAUCUCUUAUUCGUCCCUAGACUCAUCGCACUCAAAUGGCAAUGGACACCAUGCAGAGUUUUUCUUUAAACUAGACUACCAGUGUCCAUGCAGUGGCAACCCUAUGGAUACCCCUGAAAUCGAAUUAUUACCUAAGGAAAAUCAUCAAUAUACCCGAUUUGGAUGCAAGGCCCAGUUUUCAGUUUCACAUCACAUCAAAACUAAUUCCUUGCGAGUGGUCUGGCAUUGGCGCCACAAUCAUAGCCUUAGGGCCGAACUCCAUCAUCGCUUACCCAUCAUCACUUGCCCACCAAUCAGAUGCGAAAGCUACAAUGCUGAGGAGUUGGUGGACUCAGAGGACGCUUCCGAUCUCGAGAUUGUCAGCCAUUCGAUGUCCACGCAUGCAGUCAGUCAUCACGAUAUCAAGAUAAUAAGACAAGCUACCGGGCCGAAGAAAUCGCAGAUUGAUAGAACCGGAAGCAACUUAUCUCAAACAGCCUCUCCCUCUCCCCCCAAACAGGAUCCUCAUUCUGGCCGUCCUGCCGCGUCUUGUCAUGCCCGGGUUCAGACUGCCCUACCCGCGGAGCACAAUUCACCAGUUGAAUGCUUUGAUGAGACAUGCAGACCUAAAUUUUGCACAUGCCCGACACUUGUCAGAACCACUGAGCCAGUUUCUGAGUUUUCUGGAGAAAGUCUGGGCACGGAAGAAGAGAUGCUGAGCAUGAAAGAGAAAUUGGAGAGAUCAGGAUCUUUGGCACUGAAGGAAAUCGUUAGAAUCAUGAAGGAUAUCAACAAACGCAGCGAGUUCCUCAGAAACGUCUCGCCCUUGUUAAUGGAACGGUACAUGAGAUCGAUGUACGCAAUUUUGAAGAUGACAACUCUCAAGUGGGUCGAGGUCUCAGGCGUGUCGAAGGCGAGACAAUCGAAUGACGAGGACUCGAAGACGAAGAACUUGAUUCUGGGGUUCGAUGCGGCAGGGAGAAAGUAUUUGAGGAGGACGAUGAUGUUGGUCGAUGGAAGAAAGUAUCGGGAGCGCUUCUGUGUGCAUAGCUCGUUCGAUUUGGUUGACCAGUACCAGGAGUGCUGUUGGGACCUGCUCGACAUGGUCAUCAACAAUUGCCCAAGUUUACAGGAGAAGAAGAGGAGACGCAAUGAAGAGGAACGAGCUGUAGCCAAUUAA